CAAUCCAGUGACUGCGAAGUCGUUUUCGCUAGCUUCCCAUUCCCGAACACAGGAUGGCGGUUUGAUGGACUUAAGUUAACUGUAACGUAACGUCGACAAAAGGCCACAGCGAAUAUGACAAAUGUGUAUUCUUUCGAUGGCAUCCUGGUGUUUGGGCUGCUCUUCAUUUGCACGUGUGCAUACUUCAAAAAGGUUCCUCGCCUCAACAGCUGGCUGCUGUCGGAGAAGAAAGGAGUGUGGGGAGUCUUUUACAAAGCUGCAGUCAUUGGGACACGGCUCCAUAUUUCUGUGGCAAUCUGCUGUGUGGUCAUGGCUUUCUAUUUGAUCUUCCUGAAAUGAUGAAACCGGACUAGAUUGGGAAGCUUCGAAUUGGCACAAGCGUGUGCUGAACUCGGUGAGGUCAUGCCUAGUCCUUGCGGGACAACUAAUGGACCAUGUGACCCAUGACGUCACCUCAGGUCAUGGACUUGCUUUGAAAGAUGAGUCUGCGCUGCCCCCUUCUGGUGACUUGGGGAGAUAACGGCUCCCCAAAACAGAUGAGGUCAUCCUGAAUCCACCCAUAGUUUUAUUGCGGAGACGAGAAGUGGGUGGGCCCUGUGGUGUCACUCUUGUUUUCAACUCAUGCUGUUUUUGUCUUAUUCAUCCACAUCGUUAUUUAUCCUGGAGGUAUGGCAAUGAGUCAUUGUAUUGUUGGCCUCUGCAAGAUGAAUUUAGUUUGGGUGACUAGUUUCAAACUAAAAAUGAUACAUUUGUAUUUUCCUCCGGUUACCUCUGUCAUGCUUCUUCAGUGACUGGAUAAAGAAAUAAUAUAUGAUGUAUUUUGACACAAUUGUGUAACAUUCUGUCACCGUAUUCCCAACAAACGAGAUGGAUUUGAAACAGGUUCUUGCUCCACACUACUCAGCCGAUCUUAAUUGUACACCGAAUAAUGUUAUUUUUUUAAAUCAGUCUAAUUACUGUUACAAAUGGAUGUUUGUACCAAUCGGACCAACCUGUAUAUUCAAUCUGCCUCAAUAUAUGCCUAUAAUGCAAAAUAAGGACAGUAGUUAUGACCAUUUCAUGUUAUUGAAAGAAAUGAUUGGGGAGAGAGUACGAUGGAAUCUUGAGUAAAAUGUUAGCAACACAACUUGUAUGUUGUUUUUAUUAAAAAAAAAACAAUUG